GUAGCUGCUGAUCUGAAAAGAGGCGGGAGGCUUAAGUUUGAAGUUUCGUUUUAGGAAAGAAAACAAAAGCUGAGCUGGGUUCGGUGCCCGAAAGCAUCGAGUCAGGCUCUGAGGAUGGAGGAAAUAGGGAAAGGAGGGGGAGCGAUCAGAAUAUGAGAGUCUUGAUUACAGCUACCAGCUGUUGUCUUUUGAUCUUGCCAUCGGUCUUAACCCCUUAUCUACAUGGGGGAAAUGAGUGAUGCCUGCCACAGAGAUGGAUGUCUUCCGACAGUCUUAUACUAGGCUGUGCAAAGAGAGUGGUGCUGAGCCUCAAGAGAGUAUCCUGCCACACUUGGAGGAAGCCACAGGAAGAAAUCGUUUGGAUUUAGCCACACAAAGCCUUUCUGUAGAUAGUUGCGGAGUUCUUGGCAAGCUCUUGCAGGAUGACCUCCAGUUCACCGAGAUCAUACUGAACGAUUGCAUGCUGAGUGAAGAAGGGGCUAAGCUGCUAUUACAUGGACUUUGUUCCAAUACAGUUGUGAAGUUCUUAAAUCUGAAGGGAAACAACCUGCGAGCUGUUGGGGCUGAGGCUCUGGGAAAGCUCCUCAGGCAAAACAAGACUAUCCAGAGGCUCACUUUGGAGUGGAACAAUCUAGGUGUAUGGGAAGAAAGCUUCACUAUCUUCUGCGAGGGGCUUGGUGCAAACCACCAUCUCCAGAUGUUGGACCUGCGCAAUAAUCAAAUCAACCAUCAGGGAGCAGGAGAACUGGCCAUGGCACUGAAAGCCAAUUCUAGUCUACAAGAACUCGAUCUGCGGUGGAAUAAUAUUGGACUCUUGGGGGGCCGGGCACUUCUGAACUGUCUUCAUAGCAACCGGACAGUACAGCAGCUUGAAUUAGCUGGGAACAAUGUACCAAGUGAUAUCCUGAAGGCUGUAGAUCAAGCAAUGGAACAUAACCAAGAGCGUCAGAAUAUUCUCUCCAAAAAUCGUAACAUGACAAAAAUUCUCAGCAAAGAGGUGAUGUGCUUGAAAGAAGAGAAAGCUAAACAGUUCCUGGAUCUAAUGGACACCAUUGACAAGCAGAGAGAAGAAAUAAACCAGAGCAACAGGGUAUCGGCAGCACGAGUCGGGCGUUUGCAAGAGGCCCUGAAUGAGCGCUAUUCGAUGAUGAAUUCCCUAAAAGCAAAACUCCAGAUGACAGAGGCAGCUUUGGCACUGUCAGAACAGAAGGUGUGCAGCCUGGGAGAAAUUUUGAGCAUAGCAAAGGAGGAACAAGCAAAACUGGUGGAGAACCACGCCAAGGAGUUUCAACAACACAAGAAGAAUUCUUCUGAUCGUGAGGCAAAGCUUCUGCAGGAACUUUUCACAGCCAAUGAGAAAAAUAUCCAGCUCAAAAAUGAGGUGGAUGAGCUGGAAAGAAGAUGCAAAAUCCAGCAAGAGCAACUGUUCCAGGUAAAGGAGGAGCUGACCCACACAACAGCAGAAAUGAAACUGAGAGCUGUACAGGCUGAAGAGCGUUUGGAAAAUGAAAAGAAGCGAUUCAAGCAGGUCCUGAAUGAUACAGAAUCCCUUCGUUUGAAGGAGGUGGGACAGAUAACUCAGCAUAUGGAGACAAGUGAACAUGCUCUGCAGGAGCGCAUCCAAAGGCUGGAGGCCAUCCGCAUUGGGCUCGAGGAGGAACUGAGCCAAGUGAAAGCUGCCGCCUUCAUUGAACGAGGCAAAAUUGAGGAAGAAGUCAUCAGAGCCAAAAACCAAACCAGGUUGGAAGAGCAACAGCGCCUGGAGCAGAUGGAGGAGAAGCUGAGGCUGAUGAUGCAAUCCCGUGACGAGGCACAGAAUUACUGCUUGCAGCAGAAGCAAACAGUGGCAGAAGCACACGCUAAGGAAGGCCAGUUGAGUCUGCAGGUGGAAGGUCUCAAGAGGCGACUGGAAGAGCUUCAGCAGGAGCUGGGUAGUAAGGAACAAGAGAAAGUUUCCGAGGUCAAUAAAGUGCGUGUGGAGCUGCAGGAGCAGAUGGGUCACCUGGAAGCUGAGAGAACAGCACACGAAGGGCUGCGAGGGAAGAUUGCGGCCCUUGAGCGCCAGCUGAAAGUGUUGUCCAGUAACCACCGGGAGGCACUAUUGGACAAAGAGGGUGAAAUCUCCAGCCUGCUUGAGAAAUUACGGGUUCGGGAAGCAGAAAUCUCCAGGAUAAGGGAGGAGGAAGCUCAGCGGGCCAAUUUCCUUCAAAAUGCCAUCCUGACCUAUGUGCAAGGUUCCCCACUUGGCUCUCUCAGCCCCAAGAAGUGAGUAAAUUCUGCAAUUCAUAAGGCCCAUCCUCAAGGAAAGGGAUCAUAAGAGGAUCAUGGUGGGCCAGGCCAGGUUUUCUUAUGUUUCUUGAAGACCCAGGAAUCUCCAUGGCCAGUUACCUGGAACUAAGUGUGAAGCGUCAAUGAAGGACUUGUGUCCGCUUUAGAAACCAUCUUAAUUUCUGUGCCCAAAUCUUGUUCAACCACAACAGCAAGAAUAGUCUUCAAGAUAAAAUCAUCUAUUCCUAUUUGUAACCCACAGAUAAUGUUCUCCCUCACUGAUUUUGGCUUCAAAUUUAGAUCCAAAAUACAGAUCAUUUCUUGUUGGAUUGAUGGUUGUUGGAAAAAAUAAUAAUGCUUUGAUGUGACCGACUCUUUUAAAUGCAUCAAUCAACAGUAGUGAAAGGAACAUUUAAGUCAGCCAAUCAUGAAGAUUUUUCCUAUACUCAUUUUCCUUUUCUACAAGAUCUACAGCAUUCCAGAUAAUCUCAAAAGCACUAAUUUAAGUCUAGAGUCAUUUGGGGCUGUCCUGAUCCAGUAGAACACAGAAUUUAUUUUCCACGCCUGAGAAUAUCACUGUUAAGUCUAGUUUUCUAAGGAGCUCUUUUACAGUAACCCUUAGCCAUUAGUACCUGAUUCCUGUGGACUUAAAGGUGAAACAGUCCAAAUAGGGGUGGGGUUGGAUUUAUCCACAAAGCCUUUUCAGUUUCAGUAAGAAGACACAGUUUCUCUCACUGAUGACAACAUUCGAAAUGUGAGCCAGAGGCUAGAAUAACUUCCAACUCAUCCUGAGUUAGUUGUAGUUGUCUUGAGAACAAGAUGACACACAUGGAACAAAGAAUGAUUUUUGGUUUUUAUUUUUGGUUUUAUAACUGGUAUGAAAAAGAAACAUUUGUAAUUUUGCCAUUAUUGGAGGAGGUGGCUUGCAUUUAUUUCCAUAUAUAUUAUAUGAUAUGUAAUAUAUAUAUAUAAAUGUUUAUAUUGCUUUGAUGGUACACUAAAAUGGGUGAAUAGGUUUUAAACUGGCAAAUGCAGUUCAGUGUACGGACUGUAAAUUAUACAUAACAGAGCAAAACCUCUAAAUUUCACAUAUAUCAAUGAGACUGCAGCUAACAAUGACUGAUCAAGAAAGAAGCUUAAAUAAGCUUAAAUAAAAUGGUGUGCAACAAAAAAGAAUUCUGUACUAGAAAUUAUUUUAAAAGGAUUGAGAAUAAAACUGCCAACAUAACUUACAGUGCCUGAACUACUGUGUAAGUUCUACUUAGUUCUGAUAGAUAAAUUUGGAAAAGAUGCAAACAAGUUAAUUUAUUAAAACAAGCUUUUUGGCUUACUUAAAACUUAUUUCUUCUUUUAGUUUAGCAAAGGAAGGUAAAGAGAAACAGAACAAAAAAACCCUUUCCAGCACAAAGAUUAGGUUAUCAAGAAUGGGGGGGGGGCUUUGCUUUGGUGUCAUACCAAAACUAGGAAGCUGUCAUAGUGGAAGACGAGUUACUUUUGACACAUACAUCCUAUGAUACGUGUCAUUAGUUCUUGACUAUGAUUUAGUGAUUAUGCAUUCAAAAAGCAUGAGGAAACAAGUCCUAUUCCAAGUGGCUGCCCUUUUUCCAUCUUUCAUAUAGAAAACAAUGUUGGAACGAGAUGGGGAUUUUCAAAGCAACAGCACCAGGGAAGUUUCUCCCUGGAAUUUAGGGAUUCUGGCUCAGGAUUCUCUUUCCCUUUUCAAACCUUUGUCCACCUGUUUUUGCAGGAAAGUUUAGUGUUCUUUAUUCAUGUCUUUCUGAAAUAAUCAGUGCCCUGCAACCCCUCAAUGCCUUGGUAGUAAUAUCAUUUGACAGAGUAUAAAAGAAAUGUUUCUUGUUAGGUUUGCUUUAUGGAAUGUGAGGCUAAAAGGGAAGGGCAGCGGAUCAGUCUUACCAUUAUUGUACAUUCCUAUUUUGGCAACCAAGUCGGAUCUGCUUUCAGUGGUUUGCUGACUUUGUGGAAGCAAGCUUGACUUUUCAGCCGUGGCACUGGUGAUCAAAUGUUUGCAUCUCCUCUGGAAAGAAGGCCUAUUGGAUUUAAUGGGACCCACUCCCUGAAACAUUAUACAAUGAGCAAUUUCUGGACUCAGGAGCCUCAUCCCAAGAUCCUGGAUGGCUGAUAUUUGAUCUCAAAAUUUUGGGUAAAGGCAACACAUUUUUCCAUGGUUUCCAAACAGAAAAAUGAUUAAACCAUCAAAUGGCUCCUCCGCUCCCAUUUUUUCUUCUAAGCUUCUACUCCCACCCAUGCAAUUAGAAAUGGCUAGGUUGUGUGGCUGCCAUGUUCACUCCUUACUGUUUAUUAUUAUUAUUAUAGCCCAUGGCUGCUAUAUAAAGUAGCAGUUCAUUGAGAACUGUAGCUAUUUGAAAACUGCAGCUAAAACAAAUUAUUGGCACUGUGAGCAAACCUAAAUUCUACAGAGUAUGAUAGAAAGUGGAGAAAAGCCAUUAAACAAAACACUUUCCCAAACAAUACUUGAACAGAAAAUUCAAGAACAAAACAUAAAAAGUGUUUUUUAAGGAGAGAAUCUUUAACUAAUUAGGUAAUCUUACUUUCUUAUAUGACUAGAUAUUUAUUUUCAUUUUACUGGAAUGAAAUUAAACUCGAGAGAUGGAACUCUUUUUCAGUAGGGAGAAGAAGCAUAAAGAACUUUAGCAUGGUGUUCUAAUCUUCUUAAAGGUUUAAUACUUGUGAAUUUGUUCAGGGUUAGACUGCAAAAAUAAACACAUCCAGAAAUCCAUUAAAACCCAACAGUUGCUAAGAAAGGAAUUUGCUCUAGUUACAUUUUAUGUAGUUAUUUUGUUAUCUGUGGAGUCUGUAUGAAUGUUAUCUACACAAGUCAGCAACAGUGUAAGCUUGUAAGAAAAAAGGAAUUAUACAUUGUCAAUAAGUUUAUAGACUUGGAUUAAUCAGAAAAUAUGUGCCACUCCUAUUUCAUUCACACAAUGCUUUAAAGCAUAAAGAAGUUAAACCUAGUAUGACAUCUGGAUUUAUAUGAUCUUAAGAGAAACUAGAAUAUAUAUUAAAUCUAACCAAGAAAUUGUGCUUAAGGAAGAGCACCUUAAUCAUAAAUUACCAUCAUGAUUUACUAUCAGUUUGUUUAAACUACAAUCUGUAGUGUUAUCUAAACUUAGUUAAACUGAUAAGAACAGAUACUACACUUGAUCUUAGCCAAAAGGCCGAGAAGCAAUGCACAAACCGGCUGCAGACAUCCACCCCAUGCCAGCAUCUCCAUUUGCACUCGCCCACAUGUGCAAACAGGCCGCAGGCAUUAGCGUGAGUGGGUAGAAUGCACGCCCACACGUGCGCGCACCAGCCAGCCAUUUCUGCAGCCCACUGGCUAGUUGGGGACCCCUGCUGUAAAGCACUGUGAAAUGAUAUAUAGGUACUAUUGCUAUUACUAUAAUUUAAGAUUCAUCAUUAUCAUCAUCAUCUUUUUCCUGCAAGUGCUUUUCAGGUCAACAAGCACCAUCUUACAUGAGCAAAUGCAGCAUCUGUGUCCACUUGGCAUUUUUCAUGUCCACAUUUAUUCUGUCUUGCUAUCUUUGCUUUGGCCUUCCACAUGGGCACUUGCCAUCUAUAUUAAAGUGGAAGGCAAUGUAGGUAGCUGGGGUGCUUCUCAUAAAACAGGGCCAUACCACUGUAAGCAUUUCUACAUAAUUUAACACAUAAUUUAAGAUUGAUUGAAAUUUUUGCUAUUGAGUUAAUCCCUUUUCUAGGGUUGAGUAGAAAUAUCUAUUUAUAAAAUAAUUAAUUUCAUAGAGAAUUUUCAAUAAGGGAAAAUCAUCCAAAAUUUGUCCUGCCAAUGGUUUUAUAGUAUUUUGCAGGAGAGCAUCAAAUUGUGCUGCUUUAAAAUUAUUCAGCUGUAAAAUCACAUUUUUAAUUUCAUAAGUAGUCAAAGUAGCUACACUUGUUGGUGUAAAAAAUCUAAUUGUGGAAAAUGAACGAAUGAAAACAAAAGCCAAAAUAUCUUCAAGAGAUCUAUUCUCAGGGCUAAAGGUUGCCUUCCGUGAACUACAUAAUUUCUCUUCCUCAUUUUUAAUAUCUGUAAUAAUCUACUCAUCUUUUUUCUUCCUCAAACUAUUUGCCAAGAUCUAAAAAGCUAUUUUCCCAAGACAUUUGAUACAAAUAUGUAAAGUAAACUCAGUUUUUCGUGAGUUGUCUUUGAGCCAAAUACCUGAAAAACAUCUUGUGACGUACUGAGUUUAUUGCAUAUGGAUUUGCUGCAUUUUUCUGUUUAAACUAUUGGUAGGAACUCUAGACAUCUAGAUACAAAGGGUUUUUAAUUAUUUUUCAUACUGGUCUCAUGAAUUUUUUUUCUUAUAUAAUAUAAUGUAAUAUGUGCUUCCUAUUAAAAAACAAAACCAAGGAA